GCUCAAUGACCAAAGCUAUUCGAUCUUCCCCUAGGGUUACAAGCCAAUUUUUUCAAACUGUAGAAUCAAAUGAGCAAGCCGACUUCACAAGAGAAGAAUUGCAGCCGGUCACCACCUCACCACCUCACCACCAAGGCCUAUUGCUCCUACAUAGAUGAUGAUGCCCUUGAGAGUGAGGUUUUUGCUCAACUGGACCUCUUGGAUGAAUUCUUGGAAAUAGAAAGGUCCAUGCCUCCUAGCUCAAAAGAUAAGAUCGUGGAAGAAGAAAAGAACAAUCUGGAUAUCCCUUCUCAGGAAUCCAUCAAUGCUGCCACCCACCUUCUUCUUGAGCUAUUGAAUGGUAAUCCAUCUGAACUUUGCCAAGUCGUUGAUCAAAAUGAGGCAUUCAAUGCUGCUAAGGUCUUAAGUAAGGCUCCCACAUUGGAUGCAUCAGUGCAUAUGUUCUGGAGCAAUUUCCCUACUGUUUACAAGAACUUUAGCCAGCAGUUUAUGAAUGAGAAGAAAGUUGUGUCAGAAGCAACCGCGGCUGCAAAUCUUGCUCGGCAAUGUAAAGAUGCAGUAGAGAAAAAAAAGAGUAUUUAUGAAAAGGUGAAAAAUAACAUUAGCACCCAAAUGAAGCUGCAUCGAGACAACCUAGAUGAGAUUGCCAAACUAAAAGCCUGCCUUGCCGAGCUGAAAAGGGCAACAACAAAGGAAGAAGACAACCUCAAAUCCCUUAAAACCGAGAGAAGCAAAUUACUAGUUGAGCUCAAGGAAGAAGGAUGUGAAGCUUUGGCUGCAAAGAGUGAGGCUGCACAACAGGAGGAGAAAGCAAAGGAAGCCAACAAUACGCUGCAGCAAAUGAAAGAUGAGUGGGCCACUUGGACGCAGAACCUUUGCUAGGUUUUUUUUUUUCUUUUUCUAAUGAUGAACAUAAAUUUAUUUGCUUGCU